AUGGCAUCUACCAGCGGUAAACGUUGCACAUUAUCGAUUGAACAAAAAUUGAAAGUCUUAGAAGCACUGAAAUCGAAAAAGGCAGACGAUGUGGCUAAACAUUUCAACAUCGGCUAUUCUACGGUGAAGAAGAUAAGGCAAAACGAAGAAGUCGGAUUUGUUGAUAAACCGAUGCCAGGU